CGGCAAGUCGUCAGAAAAAGUCGCCCGGCGCCAGAGGGAAGAAGACUGUAAUGGCUGCCGUCGUCAAUCGUCAACUACAUUAGAAAUUGUUUUGUUUUUAAUGCUACCGCAGAUUGGUGGAGCGGUGACAUGUCUUCGGGAAUGACUGGGCAAACACCGUGCCUGAGCAGUCGAUGGGAUCAGCCAGCCCAACCUAAACCGAGUGUAGAUGUUAGGCAGCAGAGGAGCAGUGAGAAUGCAGCCCACCCCGUGUCUUUGUCAGGAGUUGUCGGCACCGCUACCUCACAUAGUGCAGCUUCCCAGCCACAACCAACAGGAGAAAAACCUGCGCCUCCAGGAGGGGUUGAAAUGGCUGCGGCCAUGGCUGCUAAAAUAAAUGCCAUGUUAAUGGCAAAAGGAAAACUGCUGACUCCUCCACCAUUACUUGCAAAGAUCCUUCCAAGUGUGCCUGUGCCAACCACUACUGAAGAGAUGGUAGUCACAGAGGUUGACAUAAAUGAUGUACCGAUAAAUUGCAGAGACCUUCUAACUAAAGGCAAAACACACGAGGAGAUCCGACAGUUUAGCGGAGCAGUCGUCUCGACCAAAGGUCAUUACAUGGCUGAAGUGGAUAAAGGGAAUGGAGUAGGACAUAGACCUUUGUAUUUGCAUGUCCAGGGAAAGAACCAAGAGCAGGUCAAUAAGGCUGUUUUGAGGAUAAGGGAGAUCAUCUCGGAGGACGUGUUGAGAGCAUCAAUAGCAUCAGGAGGACAACAUAUGCCCAUAAUGCCUCCGAUCACACUCUACCCUCAGCCCCCUCGGCCUGUCAUCCCUUCGCCUGUGCCACGGAUGCCAAACACCAACUCAGUGCCAGGCCAGGGUCAUCGGCCUGCAGCUCCUCAUUCAGGGAGUUUUGUGCACACAAAGAUUUUUGUGGGCCUGGACCAGUCGUUGCCUUCGUUUAACGUGAACGAAAAGGUUGAGGGUCCAGGAGGUUCAUACCUGAGUCACAUCCAGACAGAGGCGGGGGCUCGAGUCUUUCUCAGGGGAAAAGGCUCUGGCUACAUUGAACAAGCAUCAAAACGAGAGUCUUUUGAGCCUCUUUAUGUUUACAUCAGCCACCCAAACUCCGCUGGAUUGGAGGCAGCGAAGAAACUCACUGAGAGUCUGCUGGAAACUGUGAGAGCCGAACAUGCCCGAAUGGUGUCGAUAUACACGGCCACUGGCUCAACACAACCAUACGCAGCACAUGGAUUUCCACCUAAUAGCAAUUACUCUAGCCAGGGGUCCUGGUAUAACUACCCAGCAAAUGGGUACGCUGGUGGCUAUUCAGCGUAUCCAGGAGACCGUGGUUAUUGGAGUAAUGCAAAUGGUCCACCAAGUCAUUCUAACAUGUCGACAAACCCUCCAUCUUCUCAGGCAAUGGUUCAGUAUCCGGUGUGUCCUAGGAAACCACAUCCCUAUCUCGUCCAGGAUCCUGGCAGCAGUGAGACAGUGGAGCCUGAAGGAUCUUUAAACACCCCCCCUGACUCGGGAAGUCCCAAACGUCAGUUCCACGAGGAGGCUGAGGAGGAGCAGCCGACCAGCCGUUCUCCGGAGGGUCCUGCUCAUCGGGAGUCUGCGCUUCCUGCCUCCAGUGUUGGAGAGGAAAAGGCCGUAGAAAGGAUUCUGAUGCCCCCACCACCACCUCUCUUCGCGGCUCCCGCCCCCGUUCCACGCAAAAGGCCGAGAGAGACAGACGAGCCGGCCUGUCGGCCCAGCAACGCCGCAUCAAUGGGUGUUCAGGAAGAUGUGUGCGAGAAGAAGCCUAAAGUCGACGAAGAUUCAUCUGGGCUUGUUCCCUAUGGAGGAGAUUCCUCCGACGAAGAGGAGGAGAGGAAUCACAGCAGUAAGACAUAACUCCUAACCCCCCUUCCCUUGCCCCGUCCCCACUGUCCAGGACACUCACAGAUCCAAACUCUACACUCAGUAUAUAACCGCAGUUCUCAAACCCAGACCCCACCAGAGGAAAAAUCCACUUUGUCCUUAAACACAUUAGGUGUUUUAGGACUGUACCAGUGUUUUGACGUGGUUUAACAACCAAAACCAUUCCAUUCAUCUCCGUAUGGUAUUAAAACUGGUGCCACCCCCUUUCUUACUGACACUAACAUUAGGACUUUAAAGAAGGGGCACUAAGCUUUGUCAGGUCCUAAUGUAGCAACAGGGUCAAUUUCCUUAGUUUUCAUAUUGUGUUAUUUUUACCAGCAAUCAGAUUAAUGAGAGAUGAUCCAAUGGCCUCUGGCGGUAUGGUGAGGGCUUUUUGAUAUGAAUAAUAAGCAGAGUGAAGAUGCUAAAUCAAAACACUGGUAUGUUUUAUCUUUGAGUUAUCACCAGUUUCUGAUGUUUGCUGCUUUCCUGGACUCUUAAGAGAUUUUUUUUUUUUUUUCUUGUCCCGGUGUUGGUUCUUCCUUUGUUGCACGUCUGUUUCAGUUACUUUCAUGCUUCUCCCAGAAUGCCUUUCUAUAAACCCUCACACAAUGAGUGUUAACCUGUUGGUGUUAGUCAAACGGUGGGUGUUUUUAAAAAAAAUGUCCACCUACAUAGGGAAUGUAAAUAUAGAUACGCCUGCUGACUAGUUCAUUGUAAUCGUGCAUUUGUUUAUAGCCUCAUGAGUUAAAAUGCAACACACACAAAAAAUCAUUGUGUCUUAAUGUCAUUUGGGAACUUUAAAGAUGUAGUUUAGGAGAAAACUAAUAUUUUUUAGAUUGUCUCUCCCUUGUGUCAUUGCUGUAUUGAUUUUUUCUUUUUAAUCUUCACCACCAUUAAAUAAAAUGGGUCCAGAAAAGCAAAGCACAUCAUCAGAAGCCACUUUUUUAAGAGUGUGGAAGUUUUCAGGGUGGAUUUUUCCUUUCUUUUUAAAAUACAAAGCAUUGUAUACAACUUGUAUUUCUUAAAACGCCUUUUAUUUCUUUUUGCUGCAUCUUUUGUCAAUCCGAAACAAAGCCCCUUAUUUCAUUUUUUUUAUUUCAAAACUUGGUCUGCUGCAGUAACGGGUGGUUUAAGUACAUAUUGUAAAAUUCAGUGAAACUUUUUCUUAUCUUGGAAAAUGUUGUAGGCCUGUUCCCAUGGAAUACUAUAAUAAAAAGAACUGAAAACCA